UUUAAAAAAGUCGAUGUGAAUGACAAACUGGUAUGAUGCAGAUUUUAAAAAUGAAGAUGUACUUUUGAAAAAACGAAAGAAAAAAAACAAACAAAUAUUUCGAUUGUUGAUCUUUUAGUUUUACGCAAGAAUUCUUUUUCAAGGUUUCUUCAUUUAAAAAAAUUCGAGUUAGAGCCGUUUUUUUAAACAAUGGAAGAUGAUUUUUUUGCAAUGGAGAAAUACAGUUUGCCGAAAAACGAAUGCAUUUUUGCAAAAGAUAAAUAUAACUUACCAAACGGUGAAUCGUUACCAAAAGAUAUAGUAAGAGAUGUAGAAAAAGUAUUCUACGAGUUUAAUACUAAAUUUGACAAAGAUGGAAAUGGGCAUAUAACCUCUGCAGAGCUUGCUGAUGUUUUUGAAAAACUUGGUGAAAAUGUUCCUGGGUAUAAAAUUCGUGAACUAAUUGCUGAAGUUGAUGAAAACAAAAAUGGUACAAUUGAGUUUGAUGAGUUUCUGCAAAUUUAUUGCAAAGUUACAAAUAAAGGGGUGUUUGGACAAUGGACUUCUCUUUUAUCUCCACGACAAGGUAUAAAAACAUCUGGUGGUACAUCAACUGCAUCAGCUGAUGGUACUGCUCAUACUUUCUCGGAAUCUGAGCAGACUGCUUUGAGAGAUUGGAUUAAUUCUCAAUUGAAAGAUGAUCCAGAUUUGAAAACAGUGAUUCCAAUUCAGUCUAAUGAUCUCCUUUUUAAAUCACUUCGUGAUGGCAUUAUACUUUGCAAGAUGAUAAACUUGAGUGUGAAGGACACGAUCGAUGAACGAGUAAUCAAUAAAGGUCCACUUAAUCCAUUCUUAAUCUCAGAAAAUAAUUCACUAGCUAUAAAUUCUGCAAAUGCAAUAGGUUGUACUGUUGUAAACAUUGGUCCCGAGGAUAUUUCAGGAUGUAAUCAACAUUUGGUGCUUGGAUUACUAUGGCAAAUUAUACGAAUUGGUUUAUUUGCUAGCAUUACUCUUCAAGGAAACUAUCACUUAACAGCUCUUUUAGAAGUCGGUGAAACUAUAGAGGCUUUACUGAACCUUACCCCAGAAGAGCUUCUUUUAAGAUGGGUUAACUAUCAUUUGCGAAGAUCUGGCUCUGAUACAAAAAUAAAAAAUUUUUCAACUGAUAUUAAGGAUUCAGAGGCAUACGCACUCUUAUUGUAUCAAAUAUCACCACAAGAGUAUAAUGUUGAUCGUCCAGAAUAUAUUUUAUCGUUUGACAAUUUGAUGAAGCGUGCUGAUAUGGUUAUCAAAAAUGCAGACAAAAUCGGUUGCAAGAAAUUUAUUAGUGCAAGAGAUAUUCCAAGUGGAAAUGCAAAGCUAAAUAUAGCUUUUGUUGCAAAUCUUUUUAAUGUUUUUCCAGCUUUGGAUGGAUCAGAUAUUGAACAUGUUGAAAUUGAAAACUAUGUUGAAACCAGAGAAGAAAAAACUUAUCGAAGUUGGAUGAACAGCAUGGGUGUUACUCCAUAUGUAUAUCACUUAUAUAAUGAUCUUUCAAGUGGAAUUGUUUUAUUUCAGUUGUAUGACACAAUAAGAAGAAAUACUGUUGAUUGGAGUAGAGUUAACAAAGCACCCUUUAAAGUUGCUGGUGGAAAAAUGAAGAAGGUAGAGAAUUGUAAUUAUGUGAUUGAGUUAGGAAAAGCAAAUAAGUAUUCUUUGGUUGGUAUUGGAGGAGAAGACAUUCAUAAUGGAAAUAACACAUUAAUUUUAGCAUUGGUUUGGCAAAUGUUGCGAGAUUAUACAAUUUGUAUGCUUAGCAAGCUAACAAAAACAGGAGAUAUUGUAAAAGAAUCAGAGAUUAUCGAGUGGGUUAAUAAGAAGCUGCGAACUGCUGGAAAAAGAAAUUUAAUUAAUUCUUUUAAAGACCCAUCAAUAGCUACUAGUCAUGCUGUAAUCGAUCUUGUUGACUCUAUUAAGCCUAACUCUAUUCAGUACAAUUUAGUAACUAAGGGAGAAAGUAAAGAGGAGCAGAAAUUGAACGCUCAUUAUGCAAUUUCCAUGUGUAGGAAAAUUGGCGCACGAACUUACGCAAUUGCUGAAGAUUUAAUGGAAGUGAAGCCUAAAAUGGUGCUGACAGUUUUUGCUUGCUUAAUGACACGAGGUCUUCAGUUGUCAACUUAACAAUGAAAUAUUUAAAAAUUUUAAAAAAUCAGCAUUCUAAGAAUUUUACUUUGUAUCAUAUUCAACGUUUAUUCGACAAAGUAUUAAACGCUAUCCAAACAAAAUUUGAAUAUUAUUUAAUAUCCAAACAAAAUUUGAAAAUAAAGUUCAAAUAAAUAAUUAAACUGAGUUAAUGAAACGGCACAAAAUGUUUUUCUUAGA